AUGGGGUCAAUUAGUGGGGAUAGUGCCGCAGGAUCAGAAUUGGAUGAUUCAAAUGCACAUGAAGAGAAAAUCUUUGUUUCGGUCAGAUUGAGGCCUCUGAAUGAGAGAGAAUUGGCGAGCAAUGAGGUUUCAGAUUGGGAAUGCAUCAACAAUACGACUAUUAUAUUCAAGAAUAGCCUACAAGAGCGUACACUGCUUCCAGCUGCCUAUACUUUUGAUAGAGUAUUCGGGUGUGACCGUCCCACUAAACAGGUGUAUGAUGAAGCAGCAAAAAAGGUUGCACUUUCUGUUCUAAGUGGUAUCAAUUCAAGUAUUUUUGCAUAUGGUCAGACGAGCAGUGGAAAGACAUACACCAUGUCUGGUGUUACAGAAUGCGCAAUUGUAGAUAUAUAUGACUAUAUAGACAAGCACUGUGAAAGAGAAUUUGUGUUGAAAUUCUCUGCCAUGGAGAUUUAUAAUGAAUCAGUAAGAGACCUUCUCAGCACAGAUAGUGCUCCACUCAGACUUCUUGAUGAUCCAGAGAGAGGGACUAUGAUUGAGAAACUUUCAGAGGUGACUUUAAGGGGCUCAGACCAUCUAAGGGAGCUCCUCGCAGUUUGUGAAGCUCAAAGACAAAUAGGAGAGACCACUCUUAAUGAAACGAGCUCAAGAUCUCACCAAAUUCUACGCUUGACUGUUGAAAGUUCUGCUCGGGAAUAUUUAGGCGCUGCAAAUUCAAGUGCACUAACAGCUUCAGUGAGUUUUAUUGAUCUUGCCGGAAGUGAAUGUGCUUCUCAGACAUUAUCAGCUGGCACAAGACUAAAAGAAGGUUGUCACAUAAAUCGCAGUUUGCUAACCCUCGGGACAGUUAUUCGCAAAUUAAGCAAAGGAAGAAAUGGGCACAUACCAUACAGAGACUCCAAGCUAACCCGCAUACUACAGAACUGUUUGGGAGGCAAUGCUAGGACUGCCAUCAUUUGCACCAUGAGCCCUGCUCACAGUCAUGUCGAGAAGUCAAGAAACACACUCUUGUUUGCUAGUUGUGCAAAGCAAGUCAAUACUAAUGCACGUGUGAAUGUCGUAAUGUCGGAGAAAGCAUUAGUCAAGCAGUUACAGAAAGAACUAGCAAGACUGGAGAACGAGUUGAAAAGUUUAAGAUCACUUGCUGCCUCAGGCGAUUCUGCAUCAGCACUGAAAGAGAAAGAAAUGCUUAUCGAAAAGAUGGAUAAAGAGAUGAGAGAAUUAACUCAACAGCGUGACCUGGCUCGCUCUCGUGCCGAGGAUCUGUUACAUACUGGGGGAGAAUAUCAAAUUCCAAAACCAUGGGGUGAUAACUAUGAGAAACGUUCUUCGGCAGAUGAAUAUUCAGCAUCCGAAGCAUCAGAGAUAAUUGAUACUACUCGUUCUGAUGUUGCAUCCAUGACAUCUCAUUUCUCUGAUCGAUGGGAAGGCCUCAACUCAAACAAGCUUGAAGAACCGUUCUUCGAGAAUUCUGAAAUGCAAUUUCUGUCAGAUGACACCUCCCCGAGAUUAUAUAUUGAUAAAUAUUUUGGUCCUGAUCCAUGUAAAGGCUGGGAGAAGAUUGCUCAAGAAACUAAUAAGAAUUACGAAGAUAACUGCAAGGAAGUUCAAUGUAUUGAAAUUGAUGUCUCCAAGAGAAAUACGAUAGCAAGCACACUGCUAUCCACAUUUAUAGGAGAACAAGAUUCAGGACAAUCUCCUUGUUCAUCUGACGAAGAAAUAUCUGAUCAGGGAAGUGCUGAUGUACCAAGGAGCAAAAGUUGUACAGCACUCCCAAUGUCAAUGCAAAAAUCUCCCAGUUCUGAGUUCACAAAAGAAAAUGAAAGCAUGUUACCAGAUGAAUUUGAGAAAGAAUCUCCAGAAAGACAGGAUGAUAAUCAAGGAAAGCUUUCUAAAAUAGAGCCAACUAAUGACGAAGAUCUAUGCAGAAAAGAUUUGGAAAGUUCAAUCACUGCUGACUUUAUGAAUGCGAAGGAAGAAAUCAUCAGGAUACUGGUUGAAGACUGUAUAGCCUAUAAACAAACCUGUGAGACGGGACCGGAUGAAAUGAUCGAGCCUAAGUCUCAGACGCAAUUUGUGGAUAAUUUGGAUCUUGAGGAUGAAAAAACUUCCAAAGAACCAGAAAAACCUACAGAUGACGGCUCCAAAAAAGAUCAGGAUAUACAGAAACCUACUUCUGAUUGGAGUACAGAAUUCGAGAGACAAAAGAGAGAUAUAAUUGGACUUUGGGAUGCUUGCGACACCCCAUUAGUUCAUAGAACUUACUUCUUGCUGCUCUUUAAAGGAGAUCCAUCAGAUGCUGUUUACAUGGAGGUCGAGCUUAGACGGUUGUCAUUUCUCAAGAAUAAAUUAUCUACCGGUCAAGUUUCCGCAAAGUCCUCAAGAGCUCUGAACCGGGAGAGAGAGAUGCUUAGCAAGCAGAUGCUAAAGAAAUAUUCAACAAAGGAGAGAGAAGUUCUAUUCCAAAAAUGGGGCAUUAGCCUAAAAUCAAAGCACAGAAGGCAUCAACUAUGCCACCUGCUGUGGACGGAUGCAAAAAAUAUGGAGCAUAUAAACGAGAGUGCUGCUAUUGUAGCAAAAUUAGUAGGAUUCAAGGACGGAAACCACGUCCCAAAAGAAAUGUUUGGACUUAGCUUCUCUCUAAAUCCAAUGAAUCUCAAGUCCUACAGUUGGAGACACAGCUUUCCUUCCAUGAUAUAA